AUGUUUCGCUUCCUCUUCCUUGCCAGUGCUUUAAUUCCCGCCAUCCUGGCCACUGAAGGUCUGCAGACAUGCAACAGAGGUCCUUCGGUGAGGCCAGACAGCGUGAACGUCAUCGGCUGUGAUCAGACGCCUUGUGUGAUCAUUCUGGGCGAAAGUGCGCGGAUGGAGAUGGUUUUCACAGCUCCGACCACAAUUCAGGACCUUCGACCCUCAGCGACGGCGUUCAUGGGCAUUCUGCCCGUUCCAUAUCCGCUGCCCCCGGAAAUCCAGCGCGGCUGUGAUCACCUCGCCAACGCCACCUGUCCGAUCCCGGCCGGAACGACAGUGAAGUACAACUUCGAACUCCCCGUGAGCGAGGAUUAUCCGCCGACGCCCAAUUUGCCCGUGGAAAUCACGCUGCAGGACGGAACGACGGGAUUCCAGUGCAUUCGAGUCACAAUCAGAGCAACGCGCGGAUAG